CUGUUUAUGAACUGAGACCGGGAACCAGCUGGCUGAGGGGACAUCUGUCUGUCUGUCUGUCUGUCUUCUCCCCUCCCCCUCUCAGAGUGAUGACAUCACGAACAGCCGGUCUUAAAUCGACCAGUAGGAUUGCAGCAUGGCAGUGGUGCUGACUCCAUUCUCUCUGCUCCUCUCCCUCCUCUCCCUCCUCUCUCUCUCUUGCUGCCCUCUCAUUUCUCCACACUACUGCUAACAUGGCUGAGGCAUUCACAGGCACAUGGAACCUGAAGGAGAGCAAGAACUUUGAUGAAUACAUGAAGGCCCUGGGUGUGGGCUUUGCAACCCGCCAGGUUGGCGGUAUGACCAAGCCCACCACCGUCAUCGAGGUAGCGGGAGACACGGUCACUCUGAAGACGCAGAGCACCUUCAAGAACACCGAGAUCAACUUCAAACUGGGAGAGGAGUUCGACGAGACCACCGCCGACGACAGGAAGGUCAAGUCCCUAAUAACGGUUGAGGGUGGUAAGAUGAUUCACGUGCAGAAGUGGGACGGCAAGGAGACCACUCUGGUCCGUGAAGUCAGCGGCAACGCCCUCGAACUGACACUGAAACUUGGUGAUGUCAUCUGCACACGCUCCUACAUCAAGGCCGAGUAACAACGUCCAAAAAACGAUCCUUUACCACACCUGCCAAAAUAACAACAACCCUUCACCCUUAACCCCCGAUCCACACUGUAACGACCUCUAACCCCCGACCCCUUCUAUGUUGUCCCGUCCUUCUCUUUGUAUGAAACACUGAAUAAAUUCCACUGACGUUUAUUUUCUUCUCUAAAGCCUUCCUGAGUUCUUCUCUGUCAGUCACCUCACAAUCCCCAUGACAACAGUCACAACACCUACAUCAGAGGCUCGACUUUCAUCAAUCCACAGGGAUUUUGCCACUGGCCUGGAGGAAAAUCAGUGAAUCUACUAACUGUGUGUAGCAACCAUUUUGUGCCAAAUGGCUCAUCACGUGUUUCAGUUGUAGCAGCCAUCUGGGUGGGUUAUGGCAGCCAUUUUGUGCCAAAUGGCUCAUCACGUGUUUCAGUUGUAGCAGCCAUCUGGGUGGGUUAUGGCAGCCAUUUUGUGCCAAAUGGCUCAUCACGUGUUUCAGUUGUAGCAGCCAUCUGGGUGGGUUAUGGCAGCCAUUUUGUGCCAAAUGGCUCAUCACGUGUUUCAGUUGUAGCAGCCAUCUGGGUGGGCUAUGGCAGCCAUUUUGUGCCAAGUUGAGAUCUGAGGCUGCUGUAGGGGAAGCAGCACAUGGCUCCUCAGACGGAUCAAAACUGCUCUAUAUUCUGCUGUCAGAGAAGGGUGUGUGUAGGCAUUGCAUGUGCGUAUUGUUGGAUUCUGGGUAAACUUUGAACAUUGAGAUAUUAAAGACAUGAUAGAUCAGACGCAUAGUAUAUAAAGGAGUGAGAAGGUAAUGGUUCUCUGUAGUAAGACAACUAAGCUUGGAAUGUGUUGAGUGCAGGGAAAACAAUGGGAUGUGACAGUACUGAUAAGGGGAGAAACUGUUGAAGGCUCAUAUCACUUAGUUCUCUGCUUAGCAAGAAGGAUGCAAUGUUUAGAGAUACGGAGGAGACUCCACCCAAAGUGGGGUAUGAAUACCACCAUGUCUGUGUCUGAAUUACAGCUGUAACGACCCUUUGGGAAGAAUUAAACUUUGACAAGGUC